AUGGCUGAAAUCCCACUCCCAAUUACCUAUACUCCCACUACUCACCGCAUUAGCAAGGCUAAGAAGGGCAAGCGCGUUCAUGCGUGCGAGUUCCCUGGCUGCAACAAGGUCUUCACUCGUGCCGAGCACCGUCGCCGCCAUGAGCUGAACCACAACCCUGAAGCUUCCUUUCCUUGCACCUACGAAGGCUGCCGCAAGGCUUUCCAUCGAUCCGACCUGUUGGCUCGUCACAUGGAGCGACAUGAGCUCGACGUCCAAUCAGAUAGCGGCAGUGGCAGCCGUCCAUGGAGGCACCAGAGCAAGACCAACGUGACGCCUUCAAUCACUUCGGUGCCUACCAGCAUGGUCACCUCGAUGCCUCUGGACGUGACUUCGGCCUCGUACCCCACCAGCCAGGUGUCAACACCCAUGUCGGCCGCCAGCCCCAUCAUCGGAGGCGCCAUCCACCCGGACCUUAGCAGUGAUCUGUCCCUACCCUGGAGCGGCAUGGAAAUUCCCUUCCAGCCGCGCCCAACCCUCUUUGGAAGCCACAUCCGCGACUCUCCAGAUGACAUGCCUUUCUACUCAUCCCCUGAAACCUGCGGAUCGCCCGCGUCAGAUGCUGCUGGCUAUGUGAUGCCACCACACCCUUCCUCAGCUCCUACUUCGGUCAUGGAGCCUUACGCCUACCAUGAUCUCGCCAACUCUCCUCUCCAGCUGCCCACCACCCGCGAAUGGGAUGGCGUGGAUGUGGUUCCUGCCCCGAACAUGAUGCCGGUUGCUCUGGACGGUAACCCGAUGCUCCAAUCAGUAGACCAUGCCACCUUACACGUCCCCAACGUGGGUGGGGAUGAAUGGUAUUCCUUACGAAGAGAGCUUACUUCAGCGCCAGGCGUCGUAUCCGGAAACGACCGCAUGGAGAUCAUGGACACUGUAAAGUGGCAGGACUGUUUCGAGUGUUACUGGCAACAUUUCCACCCUUUAUUCCCCAUUGUCCAUCGCCCUACUUUUCUUGCGACAAGGCCCAGUCCGUUGAUGGCUGGAGCUAUGGUUGCGAUUGGCUCGCAAUAUGAUACGCGACCGAAUUCGAAGGAGUAUUCACUGGCUCUGUUAGAGGCCUGUUUGAAGCUCCUCGCGAAGCGGUCUCCUGUUACGAGCCGUUCUCGGGUUGCUGAUAUCCAAACAGUCUUUUUACUUGAAUUUCUCUCCAAGUUCAGAUCGCGCAAAGCCGAUGUGCAGAUUUCGCAUCGCUUCCGCAGUUUGUACGGCAGUUUUAUGCAAGACGGACACUGGACACGGGUGAAUCCUCUUGCUGUUCUGAACACUUUAUCUACGAAUUUCUCUCAAGAAGCUUUGAAAGGCGCGCGAAACUUUUGGAUUGAACAUGAGACACGGCGCCGUGUUUUACAAGCCGCUUUUAUUCUUGAUAUUCAACAAUCUGCGCUCUUCGGCCAGCCUCCUGUUUUGCUGCAGCCAAGUCCUGCAUCGUCCUAUGCAUGGCAGCAAGGCUCCCGAAUGAUCGAUAUUCCUUUCCCCUGCGGCUCCGAACUCUGGGAGAGCAGUCACCCCAGCGAAUGGCUGGCAUUGGCGCAAACCUAUAUCCCGGCAUCUCUUGCUUCGGUAGCUGCCAGCUUUGAUCAGCAUGCGGGACUCCAAGCCGAUCAGGUUGACUUCUUUCAGUCAUCCUUACUCGUGGCCUACGGGCUCAGUGGCCGCGCGCAAGUUCGCAAUCCAGGGGGCUCGCUUGAUGGAUUUGUCUCGGAAUUGGAGCAGGCGGCUGGAAACAACCCGCUCAUGUCACCCUAUGCACGGACGCUAUUCAUUGCGCACACGAUGCUCGCAACUCGGUUUACACCAGUGCACACGUUACUGACAGUCAGUGGAGAAUCCUGGCUCUUCAACCAGAAGCUCGCGCAAGAAGGCGAUUUCCGAAAUGCCAAGAUUACAUUGCGAAAGUGGGUCUCGAACUCGGACAACGUGAAGAAAGCGGUCUGGCAUGCGGUGCGUGCGCUGCGUUACAUAGUGGAUGAUCCCGAUGUGUUUUUGUCAACGUCGGGUACGCCGGCUCACUGGAAUAAUAACCCAAACCUCCUACCGGCUGCUCCUCGCACUAGUCCGUCGAAUAUGCUACAGACAAACUGGAGCGUUUACAUGUGCGCACUGAUUUGCUGGGCCUAUGGAUUCGACGCGACCGCCUCGCGGCCACCAGUCCAUGACAAUUAUGCGGAGAUGACCCGCGCGUACAUCUACAAUAUGAUCUCUCUAGCGCCAACAUGGGAGCAUGUCUCGCCGAGCAAUAUCCCGCCAGAAGUGCGAUGCAACACUACGCCGUUGUUGACGUUUAUCCGGUUGACGCGUUUUCAAGAAUCACGCGUGGGCGGAUUACUCAAUGAAGGCGAUCAAGUGCUUGCACGACUUUCCGAGCCGCGUGAUGUUCAUGGUGCAAUUAGGGGAAUGUGGAGUUUCUGA